AUGGGCGCCAACGUUGAAACCGGAAGUGCGGUAGAGCGAGACAAUACGAAGGGUGGUCUCGAGGCCACUGAAGCAUCAAACCUGGAGGGCAAUCAACCAGAUUCCCAGACACAGAGCCUCGUCGCUGAGUGCUUGCCAGAAGUCUUGGAAAGAAAGUUAUCCGUGGACAAGUUGCCAGCGUCAGUGUGGAUCGUUGCGAUUGCUGGCGCCGCAGAGCGAUUUGCCUAUUACAGCUUGUCGGCCCCUUUGCUGGACCAAUACAAUCGGCCAGGGGAAGCCGUCAUCAAAGUCAAAGGGAGUAAGACUCAUGUUGCGGAUCGCGCGUUAACGAUUCAGUUCAUUACGAACAUGUUCUUUUGGCUUACUAACCUCGCCGCGUUGUCUUCCCUCGCAUCCACGUGGAUUGAAAAGGAGGUUGACUUCUGGGCCUCGUACUUGAUGGGCUUCAUCUCUCUCUUCGUGACGGUGGUCCUCAUAUACUUCCUGAAGCGGAAGCUUGCAUGGAUACUCAAGGAAGUGUACUGCCACUGUCUCUCCGAGCUUUAUGGUGCGCUGCGAGACAUCGCUUCAGUCUGGAAGCCGCCUCUCCAGAUUCACAGAGAGAUCGGCACGUUUGCAGAGUGUUUGGAACUUGCCAAACUGGCAGGCUUACACGCAAGCAGGUUAUUCUCGGCGCCGUUCUACCUAGCAUACAUUCAAAUCAUGAACAACCUCAUUUCUCAAGCAGGUCAAAUGAGACUCGGAGGCAUCCCAAACGACACUAUGCAAGUCUGGAACCCCGUUGCCUGCAUCGUGCUCGGGCCCGUCAUCCAGCGUGGUCUUUUCCCCCUCCUCCGCAGAUCCGGAGUCCCGUUCGGCCCAAUCGUCCGGAUCUCGGCCGCCUGCUUCAUCAUGGGUGCAGCCAUGGCCUACGCCGCCGGCGUUCAGCACAUGAUCUACUCGCGCGGCCCGUGCUAUUCUCGUCCGCUGCAGUGCCCUGAAGCGGCGGUCCGCGAAGGCGCGUCAUCGCAGGGAACCUUGGGGAACGACAUCAGCGUCUGGGUGCAGAUGCCAGUCUGGUUCAUCCUGGCGGUGGCGGAGAUCCUGGGCUUCGCAACGAUCUCCGAAAUCGCCUACGAGCAGGCGCCGAAGGGCAUGAAGAGCGUGGUGCAGGCCGUGACGCAGUUGACUGCAGGCUUGGCGGCGGUCUUGGGCAUCGCCUUGUCGCCCAUCACCAAAGACCCGACAUUGGUCAUUCUGUAUUCUGUGAUUGCCGGGCUUACAGUCGUGGCAGCAUUUCCAUUCUGGUUUUAUUUCCGCGCGUUGGACCAUAAAAAGGUUGAGCCUGACACAAAUAGCCAAGAAGCUUGA